AGUUGUAAACACUAGAAAAAAAUGACCAACUCAGCAUAACAUUACCCCGGCUGUAAUCGCGUACUCGAACAAAGUCAGGUGAACUUUCUCAAGACCAGCCGUAUUUUAGUAUACAUAUUUUAGUCGGUGAGAAUAGUAACUGCAUCGAUGGAUUCUUUUAUCGCAAUACUGUUCUCAAUUUGCUUCUCAUUUCCGUCGACCUUUGGUUGGGAUUUGUCCACCAUCGGUAUAAAUGAAUUUUCAGUGAAGCACGUGUCGCUGUACAAAUCACGCGCCUUUCUCACGAUAGACAGCGUAAACGCUAGCCUUGUGGAAGCAUCUUGGCCCGAAAAUAAACCAGGACUUCGCCCUAGAAUUCUCUCGGGAAAUACUAACGAGUUAAGCGAGAGUUGCGAGGGGCUGACGAGCGUAAUUGGUACCGAUGUGGAUCCGGUAGCUCGGCUCUGGAUUCUAGAUCGCGGUGAUACAGCGGCAAACUGCAAUCCGAAGCUAAUUAUACGCAGCCUUAUUAUUGCCGGAAGCAAGGAGAUUCGGUAUGAUUUCAGUGCAUCCAACAGAGUGCUUCUUUCGAUAGUGGUUGAUCCUAUUCAAGCGAUGGAUGGGGAUACUCGCGCCUUCGUCACCCUGGAAGAUACCGAUUAUGUGUUGUUUUUCUCUCUUUUCAAACGCGCAGUGGGGAAAAUGAAAUUCGAACGGAAGGAUCUAUCGCCUAUCAAACCAAUCUCACUGUCCGAAGUCGCUGUCAAUCAAAACCAGCUGUACAUUUCGGACAGCUUGACCGGUCGAUUGUUUUCACUACCUAUCAAAACGAUUCGCCAGUUGAAUUUUCCCGAAGAAGGGGUACAGAAAAUGAUCCUCAAAACAAAGGUAAAUUACCUUGGUCGAUUGCUUGGACGAGCCAGUGGUCUAAAAUUGGAUCUGAGGGACAACCUUUACUAUAUUAUCCCUCGCGACGGUGCUGUGGUGAAGUGGAAGCCGGGUCUUUCCUUGAAGGCAGAGAACCAUUUAGUUAUUUUCCAACGAGAGAUAAAUGUAAGUCAAGUUAUCUUAGGAGUGGCUGGUAAAGCAUGGAUUGUGGCCAGCCAAUUUGCUACAGAGGAAACCAAAAGACAUUGUUUAAGAAUAAACGCUUGA